AACACUUCUUUACCAAUUAUAACUUGCCACAUGAGCUAAUUGUGACACAAAUUAUAGCAUAAAUCCACACAAAAAGACAUUUCCUCGAUUCACGUCGGUCAAUCAAUCACACACGCCACUGUACACUGUAUUUGAAUAUAGAGAAUUCUAGAUGAUCAGCCCAGGCCAGGUGGAUGGUGGACCAUAGGUACAUGAACAGGUGAAGAGCAAGUACACUGUAGUCACUAUAGAAGUUAAGACAUUGGUUUGACACUGAAGUAUUGGAAUUAUCCAAUAUGGGUAUCGUUAAGACCAUAGUUUGGUUUAGGAGGGACCUCAGAAUUGAGGACAAUCCUGCUUUAGCUGCAGCUGCUAAGGAUGGUUCUCUUUUUCCUGUCUAUAUAUGGUGCCCAAAAGAGGAAGGGCAUUUUUAUCCAGGUCGAGUUUCGAGGUGGUGGCUGAAGCAAUCUCUAGCCCACUUGGAACAUUCCCUGAAGUCUCUUGGGGCUGAACUUAUGCUCAUCAAGACUGACAGUACUCUUGCCACUCUUGUGGAGUGCAUCAAUGCUGUUGGGGCAACAAAAGUAGUCUUCAACCAUCUUUAUGAUCCUGUUUCACUCGUUCGAGAUUACAAUAUCAAAGAAAAACUGGUGGAGCUAGGAAUUUCUGUGCAAAGCUAUAAUGGUGAUUUGUUGUACGAGCCAUGGGAUGUAUAUGAUGAGAGUGGACAUGCUUUUACAGCCUUUGAGGCAUAUUGGAAUAAAUGCUUGCACUUGCAAAUGGAACCUGUUUCACCUUUCCCUCCAUGGAAAUUAGUGCCAGCUUCAGGAACUGUUAAGAAUUGUUCAGUUGAGGAAUUGGGUCUUGAAGAUGAAUUGGAAAAAUCUAGCAAUGCAUUAUUAGGAAGAGCAUGGUUUCCAGGUUGGAGCAAUGCUGAUAAGGCUCUAACUGAAUUUGUUGAGCGGCAUUUGCUGGGCUAUUCAAAUAAUAGGCAAAAGGUUGGGGGGAACUCCACAUCACUUUUGUCCCCAUAUCUUCAUUAUGGAGAACUAAGUGUACGGAAAGUUUUCCAAUAUGUGCGAAUGAAACAGAUAUUGUGGGCGAAAGAAGGAAACUCUUUGGGUGAAGAAAGUAUAAAUCUUUUCCUCAGAGCCAUUGGGCUUAGAGAAUACUCCCGUUAUCUUUGUUUCAACUUCCCGUUCACUCAUGAGAGAUCAUUACUGAGUAACUUGAAAUUUUUCCCUUGGAAUGCUGACCAAGCCAAUUUUAAGGCUUGGAGACAGGGUCGGACUGGCUACCCAUUAGUUGAUGCAGGAAUGAGAGAACUUUGGGCAACUGGGUGGAUACACAAUCGAAUAAGAGUGGUUGUUUCAAGUUUUGCAGUAAAAGUUUUACUUCUUCCAUGGAGAUGGGGGAUGAAGUAUUUCUGGGACACACUUUUGGAUGCAGACUUAGAAAGUGACAUCCUUGGUUGGCAAUAUAUCUCAGGGAGCUUGCCAGAUGGUCAUGAGCUUCAGCGACUGGACAGCCCAGAGAUUCAAGGCUCCAAAUUCGAUCCGGAGGGUGAAUACGUGAGGCAUUGGAUGCCUGAGCUAGCACGGAUGCCAACUGAGUGGAUUCAUCACCCUUGGGAUGCACCCCUUUCUGUGCUCAAAGCUUCAGGGGUAGAGUUGGGAUUUAACUAUCCAAAACCUAUAAUUGAGAUAGAUUUGGCCAGAGAACGUUUGAUUGAAGCUAUUUUCAAGAUGUGGGAAAUGGAUGCAGCUAAUAGGGAUGCAAACUCAGAUGUCAUGAAUGAAGUUGUUGUUGACAAUUCUGAUGGUAUUAAAAAUUUGGCUAUUGCAAAAGUCGUUGAAAAUUCAGGUGGUACUGAAAAUUCUUCCAUUCCAAAGGUUCUCUUAAAGGAAAGGAUUCCGUGUCCUACUAUUUCAUCAAAUGAUCAGAAGGUGCCCACGGUUCAAAAUUCUAAGCAUUAUCCAUUCUAUAGGAAGAGAUCUAAAUAUAUGGAAGGGGAAAAGCCACUCCCAGAUGAUUUGCAUAAGCAUAACAAUGAAGCAGGGACAUCAAGAACAGAUGAAGACUUACGCUCUACGGCUGAAUCUUCGUCGACUAAGAAGCAGACCACCAGCAGAAACACAUUUUCUGUUCCUCAGUUGUCUUAUUCAUCAGAAGACAACUUUUUUCCAGUGUAUGACUCUUCUGACUUAAAGCAGCCAUGGCAAGAACAGAUUAACAUGCAGCAGAGUUCAAACAAAGAUGGAACUUUUGGAGGUUCAUGACCUUCUCAUUCAUAAAUUCACAGCCAACCAUAAUGUUGUCCAAGAAAGAGGAUGUUAGUGUAUGAUCGGUAAACUUUGGGAUGAUAAUGUUCUCCUCCCCCCCCCCCCCUAAUUGUUCUUUUGUAUGUAUAUCCGUAUGUCAAAUAAUGUAUCCUUUGUUUUCCUUGGUGACACUGGAUAAGUUUUAAAUCUGAUAGCAAAGAAUAGGCUUGAAACAUUUUGCCAACUUUUUUGGUACACAAGCAUUUUUUAAGUUUGCAUUGAUACAUUUACUUAGCUUCCUUUGUAUUUUC